AGACGCUACAGCUACAGAGUUUAUUUUUUCUCUCUCUCCUGAAAACGAGAGUGUGAUGAGGUAAUAAUAAUAACAGCUACUAGUUGCAGUGGCAGCCAGCAACCAGCAGCCAGCAGCUAUGGCUACGAAUAGUUUCGCGCUGGAAGGUCCGUCGUCCACGGCGGCGAAGAGAGCGUGUCCGUCGCAAAACCCUAGAACGGAGAAGCCGAAGCAGGUGGAGCAUCUCCUCAGUGCAUUCCUAGGCCUCGCCGACUCCCCUUCUCUCUCCCUCGAUCUCUCCCUCGAGAUGCUUCUGGAAUCGUCGCCCUCCGAUUCCGAUCGGACGGUCCUCAUCGAUCGCGCGCUCAAAAUGGCGUCCACGCUUCUCGAUGCAGCCAAGCACUCUUCUAGGAAGCGUGCUUCGAGGCACAAUUUCCUCGCGUGGCCUCUCCCUCCCGACCUCACCAUCAAGGUUUUCUCUAUGCUUGAUACGCAGAGCCUGUGCUAUGCGUCGGCUACUUGUUCGUUUUUUAACAAAUGUGCUAAAGAUCCUAUGUGCUAUGCAAAUCUUGAUUUGACUACGAUUGUUCCGAAGAUUAACAAUUCAGUAGUUUCCACGAUGAUUCAGCGAGCAGGAAAGGCACUAAGGUCUCUUAAGCUUGGUGUAAUCCCCGGUGCUACUGUUUUACCUGGAUCUCAACCAUUGCUUUGUACCAUCGGCAAUGCAAUUGUAGAGGUAUCUAACUUCUCAUGGAAUGAUAGGAGAUCUAGACAGGGAAGAGAAUCUUCCAUUCUCACAAGAUCCUGUUUAAGCCCUUUAAGUAGGGAUGGUGGUGCUCCAGGGGCCCUUUUGAGAAAGUUGAACUUGUACAAUAUUGAAAGAAUGGACAAUGCGUCACUUGGCGGAGCAUUAUCAGCUUGCCCUUCCUUGCUUGAUCUAGAAAUUGUUGGGCUUCAUGUUGAAUUGAGGCAAACAUUAAUGUCAGUAAGUGCGAACUGCCACUUGAUUGAGCGUUUGUUUUUUGAGUCUUCUAAAACAGGUAGAGAUGACAGUUUGAAAACACAAACAUGUGAGGAGCUAGUGAACAAUUGUCCUCACCUAACUUCUUUAUCUCUUAGAGGCUUUAAGCUACAUGAUUAUAAAGUUCGUGUACUGGUUAAGGGAUUUCAGAAACUUAAAUAUGUUGAUUUUUCUACAUCCUAUUCAAUAACUGGAAGCUUCUUAAGAAACCUUGGAAGCUCCAAUGGUGGGAAUUUUCUGGAGGUUUUAAUUUUAAGGGAUUGCAUGCAUCUGAAAGAGAUGGAAGUUGCUAGGUUUUUGACUGCAAUUGUUGCUGGCGAUUUCAAAUUGCUUGUACAUCUUGAUAUAUCCAAUAGGGAAGGCUUAGCAUCUGACGGUGAUUGGUAUCACAGGUGCUUCAACUCUAGUAUUAUGAUUCCUAUAAAGCAGGUUUUGGAAACAAGACCUGACAUGUGUUUGGUGGCUGAAUAUCCAUCGGAAGGAAGUUACAUGGAGUCAUUUGAUACUGAUAUGAACAGCGAGAUUAGUCUUCCGUCACAAUUGAGCUUUCAUAGUUCAGAUGGAUUGAUUUUUUUAAGUACAUCUGAAAGCAGCUACAAUAGUGAUCAGGGUAGUGGUAAUGAGGAUGAUCAAGAUGCAAGCUAUGUGAUUUUUGAGGAAAGUUCAGAAGAGAUAGACUUCUUGUCCGUCUAGGGGGUGCUCAUUGUACGGCAUUAAUUAAAUAGGUCAAAAAUUUCGUGAACAUGGGGAGCUGCUGAGGAAGGAUAGGUCAGGAUAUUAGACUGGACGGUGGAUUUUCUUUGACUUUCAUUUUGUCCUUGUUUCAUUGAAGUGGAAUUUUCAAUCUGGAGACGAUUGGAGGUUAGUAUCAGUUUUCUUGUCGGCCUUUAUGCAGCCAGGUUGGAUCGGUGCUGCGAGGGACCCUUCCUUCAUUUCCUAUCCUCUCAUUUAGCAAAAGGAAUCUGCACUAAUUCGUCCAUAUAUCUAUGGAUUUAUGUUUCAAAUCAAAUGUGCAAAAGAUUUUCAAUGUAUUUUGUGCCCUGUCUAGCAAGCUAAUACUACGACCACAGCCAACGUUUUCUCUGUUCAUGGGGCGCAAAACUUUUCUGUAAUUGAAUAUUGAACUGUCCUGUAACCGCAUUUAAUUUAAUAUUUGUAACAUUCCAGUACCACUUGCAAAUAUGAGUAAGGAGAAACAAAUUAGUUUAUCAAAUA